GUACCUGGCCCGUUAACUGGCGAAACCUGCGAAACCUGCGAAACCUGCGAAGAACUGCCUCCAAGCCCUCAAGUCCUGCCGCCUUUCUGUAGCGUCUUUUUCGUCUCUCCUCCGUAACCCAGCCUUGCCUCCUCAUCUCCUUCCCGCAACCCCCUCCCGCGUCGGGCUCCAUCGUCUUCCCUACCCACCUCGACUAGCUUUGGACGCAUUCUCUCUAUACCCUCUCCUCUCCCUUCCUCUCUCUCCCUCACACUCUCUCCCUCCCCCCCUUCGUCCUCCAUAUACUCUACUACCUACUCGCCUACCUGCUCGCCUACCAACCUUCCCAGUCAGAGCCACCUGCGCGCCGCCUUUCUCCGCGCACAUCAGACGCCGCCCGCCACUUACAUAGCCGAUCCUACUUACACACUUACAUCCCACCUAAUCUGCCCAUCCACCCACCAACCAACCUGCCUAGCUUCGCAAUCCGUACCCUCCAACCCACCCGCCGCCCUCCUCUCGAGUGGGAAAUGACCUGCCCCAUCUUUUGUUGAUGGCGCUGCCUUCUUGACUCUAGCUGUAGCUGCGAGGACCGGCGUAAGAAGUGACCAUGACGAGAGAUGAUGGCCGCAUCACCUCCUUCGCGAGUUCCAGCAGCGGACACUCCAAUAUCACCCUGAAGGCCUCUGCUCCCACCCGCUCCGUCUCUGUCUCCUCCGCCCCGACCAAAGCCACCCCGAAACCCAUCAAGACGGGUGAGCAUGGCAAAUUCAGGUCGUUCAAGGAAGAGUCCCAGGUCUCGCCGACGGCUUCUGGCCAUCGCAUCGCUUUAUCGCCGUCUUCGACCGCUUCUAGCAGCUCCCUCCUCGACAGCCGUCGACUGAGCGAUCUCACCAAUUACCGCCGUGACCUUGCAGUCCUCGACCCCUCUGGCGGCCGCAUUCCGCAGAUCCAGCGAGACCCCCCCACGACUAGCUCGCACUCCCAGUCGGGUGUGGCUCCCUGGAUGUCUACGAACGGUGGUUCUGGUCCUAGCGCGUCCCCGAGCGCCUUCGCGACCAGCUUCUAUAACGACUCGAGCGAUAACCUGUCUACCAACUCGCAAUUGUCGCCCGCCUUCCGAAUGGGUUCUUCGCGGCCUAGUCAGUUAUCGAACAAUGAUUCUCCCGAUGCGGCCUACUAUAUCGACGACAGGCGGCCGUCGGCGGCGAGCAUGACCACGACCAGCAGCCAGGGCUCCAAAAACAGUAGCAGCCGGGGCGGGUUCAAGAAAUUACAGGGGUUUUUCGGCGAGGAUUUUCCAGGCCGUGAUUCGUCUGAGACUAGCUUACCAGCGCCCACUCCCCAAGGUCAAGGCAAAGAUCAACGCUCCUAUUCUUUCAACCGACCACGUCGAGGGAGGAAUGACUCGAACGCGACGGACCACACGCGAGACCCUUCGCCCUCCUCUUCCCGCCCACGAACACCGGUGCCAUCGAGCGACGUAGUACCAUUCUUGUACCAGGAGGUCAACGACAUCGCUAAAUACGGCGAGGCCCCAGUUCGAGAGAUGCUAGCUGGCCCGGAUAAAGAGCGCUUCACCCAAGACAACUAUGCACAAAUACCACCCAAGACUUCGUCCUCCUCCCGGUCCGGUCACUCUAUCGUGCAUCUGGGCAGCCACCAUCGCCACCACAAGAGUAACGAUGAUCCCAACACGUUGCGGCCAGUCGUCAGCCGUGAGGACUCGGCCCCGAGCAUCUACAACGUGAAGGAAAGGGGGGGAUCGAACGCCACAGCACCGCGGUCGCGGGCCCAAAGCCCAACGCCGAGCAGUACCAGCAACGGCAGCAGACUCGCGUCCAUUGACGGGCAGACGUCGCCCGGCGCCUCGAACAAGCGAGGGAUCCUCGACCGCCUCCGACGGCACAAGAAUAAGGACGAAGGCGGCCAGGCUCGUCUGAGGGGUAUGCCCAACUCGUCGCGUUCUCUCGCGCCCGCGUCUUCGCGGCCAGACUCGUCGAGGGGGGGAGCACAGUCGCCUUACGACAAGCCUCUCCCUAGCCUAGACUCAGGAGGAACCCCGUCGUCUCGCCCCUACAACAGCCAUCGCCAAGCGACUUUUAACAACAAGUUUCCCUUUGCCAAGCGAGGUCGUGUGCACAAGUACUAUGACGAUCCCGACGAGCAUAUUGGCCCGACCGAUCGGAAUGACAAGGGUAUGAUGUUCCAUCUGGACACCAACCUGAACGAUAUGGAGGGCAUCUUGGCGCAACCACAGCCGUUGACGCCCAUGGAGCCUUCGAUGUUUCAACUAACGGAAGCCGAACUCGAGCCGAUCCAGGGUAGGGGGGGUGGAGCAUGGAAUGCGCCGGAUAGCUGGGCUGUCCGCCGCAACGCUGAAGAGAGAGAAGCCCAUGUGCCCGAAGUCGACGAUGUUGGAACCCCGCCUCGACCGGAGGAGAAGACGACCCCCCAUUGUAUACGGGUUUUCCGCGCUGACGGUACUUUUGCCACGGUGCAGAUGCCGUUGAACGCAACCGUGGCCGACGUUAUGGCCCAGGUCGUUAAGAAGACCUUCGUCACCGAGGGCCUCGGGAAUUACCACAUCGUGCUGAGAAAGCAUAACCUAUCCCGAGUCUUAGCCUCUACGGAGAAGCCGCUUCUCAUACAGAAGAGGCUGCUGCAGCAGGUCGGCUACGAAGAGAGGGAUCGCCUUGAGGAUAUCGGUCGCGAGGACAACGGGUACCUAUGUCGUUUCCUAUUCCUCUCGGCCAGGGACCGUAGUUUUACCGCUGUCCCGCAAGACCUCGCACCCGGCAGAGGCGCGAAGUUCAACCACAUCGACCUUACCGGACGAAACUUGGUUACAAUCCCCAUUACGCUCUACUCCAAAACCGCCGAUAUCAUCUCCCUAAAUCUUUCCAGGAACUUAUCUCUCGACCUCCCGCGGGACUUUAUCCAGGCCUGUCCCCAGCUGCGUGAUAUCAAAUACUCCGGUAACGAGGCCCGGAAACUUCCCAUCAGCAUUGGGAGGACGGGCCGACUGACGUUUCUCGACGUGUCCAACAACCGUUUAGAGGAAUUAGAACACGCCGAGCUUGGCCGGCUGACAGGCAUGUUGAAACUGAAUUUGGCUAAUAAUCGCCUCAACCACCUGCCUAAAGAAAUCGGCGCUUUCAACCUACUCCGGUCUCUGAACAUCUCGUCUAAUUUCCUGGACAAGUUCCCUGUAUUCUUAUGCGACCUAGAGGGCAUAGUAGACAUCGAUAUCAGUUUCAAUUCAAUCUCUUCCCUGCCCGACGAGAUUGGGAGGCUCCGGACCAUGGAAAAGUUCGUCGUGACCAACAACCGACUGGCGGGAUCCUUGCCGUCGACGCUCAGCGAUUUGAUAAACCUCCGCGAACUGGACAUCAAGUACAACGCACUCACCACUAUCAACGUCCUAUCUGACCUCCCGAAGUUGGAAAUCGUAUCCGCGGACCACAACGCGAUCUCUCAGUUCGUCGGCAGCUUCGAGCGGGUCCGCAGCUUGAAGUUGAAUUCCAACCCUAUCACCAAGUUCGAGAUUGUGAGCCCUGUGCCGACUCUCAAGAUACUCAACCUGUCCAGCGCCCAGCUCGCCAGUAUCGACGGCUCUUUCAAUAACAUGGUGAAUUUGGAGAGACUUGUGCUGGACCGCAACUACUUCGUGUCCCUUCCCAACACCAUUGGUAACCUGAGGAGGCUGGAGUAUUUCAGCAUAGCUCACAAUUCGGUGGGCGAGCUACCACCAGAGAUCGGUUGUCUGAACGAGUUGAAGGUGCUGGAUGUCAGGGGGAACAACAUUAGGAAAUUGCCGAUGGAGCUGUGGUGGGCAAACAAACUGGAAACACUGAACGCCUCCUCGAACGUGCUCGAUAAUUUCCCGAAGCCAGCCUCGCGACCGCCACAAAUGCCCGGGGAAUCUUCCGGCUCGCCCUCGGCAAACAACAAGCUGCAGACGGGGCUCUUAUCUCACGCGUCUAGCUCGGAGGACCUUCUACCGGACGGGUCGCGGCGGCCUAGCCAGGUUUCGAGCACGCUACUGAGCGUCGGGCCCUCGCCCAUCCCGUCAGGGGACAGAAAGAGCUCCGUCGUCUCGGUGUACGGAAAAGGGGGGCGGAAGACCUCGGUCCUCUCACGAAGCGCAGCGACCAACAGCAGUACUAACGGAAUCAUAACCCCAGUGGCGGCCUUGAGGAAGGAUUCUGGGCUUUCUAGCCGGCUGACAAACACAUUUGCCGGAUCGCUGAGAAACCUCUACCUAGCCGAUAACCAGCUCGAUGACGAUGUGUUUGAUCAGAUUACGCUCCUAGCUGAGUUGCGCAUUCUGAAUUUGUCUUACAACGAGCUUAGCGAUAUGCCGCAACGCUGCAUCAAGAACUGGCCUCAGCUUGUGGAGCUUUACUUGUCUGGCAACGAUCUGACUAGCCUACCAGUUGACGAUCUAGAGGAAUAUAGCUUACUUCAGGUACUCCACAUCAACAACAACAAGUUCACGAAUCUCCCGGCAGAUAUCUCGCGAGCCAAGAAGCUGGCCGUUUUGGAUUGCGGGAACAAUGCUCUCAAAUACAAUAUCUCGAACGUGCCGUACGACUGGAACUGGAACUUGAACCCGAAUUUGCGCUUCCUCAACUUGUCGGGCAACAAGCGAUUAGAAAUUAAACACACGAACCUGGGCCUCGGGUCGAUGAAUCGCGAGCAGUAUACCGAUUUUAGCCGGUUACUAAAUCUCCGCGUGCUGGGGCUGAUGGAUGUCACGCUUACGCAACCGAGCAUACCAGACCAGAGCGAGGAUCGACGUGUCAGGACUUCGGGCUCGCUAGCCGGUCACCUGCCAUACGGCAUGGCUGAUACGCUGGGUAAGAACGAGCAUUUAUCAACCAUAGAUUUGGUGGUUCCGAGGUUCAACUCCUCGGACACGGAAACGCUCUUGGGCUUGUUCGACGGCCAAGCCCUAUCCAGCGGCGGUUCUAAGAUUGCCAAGUAUCUCCACGAAAAUUUCGGGCACAUUUUCACUAUGGAGUUGAAGGCUCUGAAACAACGCUACAACGAAACGCCGACUGACGCGCUUAGGCGUGCGUUCCUCGCCCUCAACAAAGACCUAGUAACAGUGGCUAUCGAGCAUACCGAGAAGAGACCCUUGUUGUCGCACCGCGGUUCGUCCGCACCCGUGGUCUUAAGCAAGGAAGACCUCAACUCCGGGGGCGUCGCUACGGUUGCAUACCUUCAAGGUCAAGAACUAUACGUUGCCAACGUCGGCGACGCCCAGGCUAUGCUCAUCCAAUCCGAUGGCUCACACAAGAUUCUCACGCGGAAGCACGACCCCGCCGAGCCGAGCGAACGUCAGCGAAUACGCGAUGCCGGAGGCUGGGUAUCGAGACAGGGGAAGUUGAAUGACGCUCUCGAAGUCUCUCGCGCUUUCGGCUUCAUCGAUUUGAUGCCAGCAGUACAAGCUGCCCCCCACAUCACCCAAGUAUCUAUCACGCCGCAGGACGAAACAAUUUUAAUCGCUACGAAAGAGCUAUGGCAAUACCUAACGCCCGGGUUGGUGGUUGACGUUACCCGAUCAGAAAGAGGCGAUCUAAUGCGCACUGCCCAUAAGCUGCGAGACCUCGCCAUCGCUUACGGGUCGAGCGGGAAGAUAAUGAUCAUGAUGAUCAGCGUCGCCGAUCUUAAGCGGCGCCAGGAGCGAUCGGCCCGCCUCCAUAGGGGGCAGAGCAUGUCGCUGUAUCCUUCUGGUGUCCCGGAUGACUUCCAGUACCCGACCAAACGAGGCAGGAAGGCCAAGGGCGAGGUUCAGGACUCUACCUUGCAUAGGCUCGAGGCCGAAGUCCCCGCUCCGACGGAUAAACCAUCGAUUGUGUUUACCGAUAUUAAGAAUUCGACCAAUCUGUGGGAAAUGUAUCCUUCGGCCAUGAGGUCUGCGAUAAAGCUUCACAACGAAGUUAUGCGGCGGCAGCUCCGCAGGAUCGGCGGGUACGAGGUCAAGACGGAAGGCGAUGCAUUCAUGGUUUCUUUCCCGACUGCUACUUCGGCAUUGCUGUGGUGCUUUUCGGUCCAAACCCAGCUGCUCGGCAUAGACUGGCCCUCCGAGAUACUGAACUCGGUAUCGUGCCAGGAAGUGUACGACAAGGACAAUAAUCUCAUUUUCAAGGGCCUGUCGGUCAGGAUGGGAAUCCACUUCGGCGAGCCGGUGGCCGAGAUUGAUCCUGUCACACGUCGCAUGGACUAUUUCGGCCCGAUGGUGAACAAAGCUUCCCGUAUUUCUUCUGUCGCCGACGGAGGUCAGAUCACCGUGUCUGCGGACUUCAUCUCAGAGAUCCAACGUUGCUUAGAGACGUACCAAGAAACCGACCGAAAUGCAUCUACAGGCUCCGACGAUACCUUCGACGCCGAUCUGCACUCGCCGGCGAUCCGAAGAGAAUUGAAAUCGCUAAGCUCGCAAGGCUUUGAGGUCAAGGAGAUGGGCGAGAGAAAGCUCAAAGGCCUAGAAAAUCCCGAGAUUAUCUACUCCCUCUAUCCGCAUGUGCUCGCCGGCCGUAUCGAGCACCACAAUAACAGUGCCGCCGCCGCCGAUAUGCCUGAGAAGCCCGCUACCCUUCAGGCCGGAAGCGACCUCGGGUUCGACCCAGAGAUAAUAUGGUCUCUUUGGAAAGUUAGUUUACGCCUGGAGAUGCUUUGUAGUUCUCUGGAAGAGAUGUCUGGCCGGGGACUGCAGCCGCCCGAGACGGAGUUGUUGGAGCGAAUGAAGCAACGAGGCGGCGAGGUCACGGAACGGUUCCUCUUCAACUUCAUGGAGCACCAAGUGAGCCGUAUCGAGACUUGCAUCUCUACUCUUUCGAUGCGGCACAUGGUCAUGGGCGGUGGCCAGAUCACCUCACUAGACGAUCUUCGAACGCCGAUGUCUGACGUUCUCGACACCCUUGCCACCCAGCUGUCUGAGCUCGAGAGGUACAAGGCCAAGUACGGCGACCUCGCUACCGAUAGCGAGGGCGAGGGAAACAGCACCGGUUAACAAGGAAUCUAAUCAACUCGGUCUCGGCCCCCUCGAGCUUCACCGCCCACCUUUCAGUAUAGCACAUCGACCUGGAGGAAGAAGAUUCCUAGUUGAGAUGGCGUUGAUCACGAGAUUCCCCCAAUGAAGAGCACCCGGCAGUGCUCAGAAAUGCUUGUUUGUUUUCGAAGAUCCCGACCAAAAAAAAAAGAGCGUGCGUGUUUUUUUGAAUACAAUCUUAAUAAGUGGGCAUGGUAUAGGAAAGGGGUAGGUAGGAGUGGGAGAGAUGAUUUUACAGGCAUAAUUAUUUACCGCGCUCUGCUUAUUCUCGUCACAGAGGCCGCAUGCUGGCGCUCUAUAGGAAAGGAACAGGGGUGUUUACCGAUGGGACGGGCCGGAUUGAUUUCCUCUUUUUUGAGUUGAGCUGUCUCUCUAAAAUUCCGUUGGCAUUGCCCAUCGUCACGAGACGGCAAUGUCCACGGGCUGGUAUUGCUCCCUAUGCCUCUUCUCGGCGUUAUAUAUAUGCGAAAGAAGAGGCCACCUCUAGCAGGUAGCAGGCGGAAUAGCCUGUCGUAUAGGAUAGGAUGGGGUGGCUUGACCCCUCAUCAAUAAUAUGCAAUUCACCGUAGUGACUAUUCUAUCCUAUGAACCUGUGUUGUUUUCGGUAUGACUGAUGAAACUAGUC